AUUCGGCUGUACAGCUGUCACACGUCGGACCGUUUAGAAAAAAAAAACGGGCGCGGGAAAAUUAGUGUCAUUUUUUUUUGCUCUUAUAAAAAUGUAUUUCAUUUCGGGAUUUUUUGUAAAAUAAUACUUAUAUAAAAACGGGAAAUUAAAUUUAAAAAUGCGUUUGAUAUUAUAGAAAAAAAAUAUAUAAAUUCCCGCCAAAUUUUGAGAAAGGCCAGAUAAAAAAGUUUUUUUUUAUAAUAAGGUGAAGGAAUUCAAUAUGGAUUCCAAUUGGACUGUGUAUCCGCGAAUAGGUCUGCGUUCGCCAAACCUCACGAAUACGACUGUUAACCUACAAGAAAGUUUUGAAAUAGACCUGGAAGAUACCAAUUGGAUUCUGACCUCGUCGUUCAUCAUUUUCACUAUGCAGACAGGAUUUGGCAUGCUGGAGUCUGGUUGCGUGUCCAUCAAAAAUGAAGCGAACAUCAUGAUGAAGAAUCUGGCUGAUAUCUCUUUGGGUGGUCUUACCUACUGGAUCUUCGGCUACGGCAUGUCCUUCGGCGAGGGGACCUACUCGAACCCCUUCAUAGGCGUGGGGGACUUCCUCCCAGACCCCCCGGUCGGGGAUGCGCUAAUGGGGCCCGUGUUCGCUUCUUUUCUGUUUCAACUGUCUUUUGCUACCACUGCCACUACGAUUGUUAGUGGGGCUAUGGCUGAAAGGUGUAACUUCAAAGCGUACUGCCUUUUCUCUCUCCUGAACACGGUAGUGUACUGCGUGCCAGCCGGCUGGGUGUGGGGCUCGCACGGCUUCCUCAACAAGCUGGGGGCCGUGGACAUCGCGGGCUCGGGGCCCGUGCAUCUCAUAGGAGGAGCAUCAGCCUUCGCGUCCGCCCUCAUGCUGGGCCCCCGGCUGGGCCGCUACGCGCACGGCAUAGCGCCCCUGCCCAUGGGGAACCCCGUCAACGCCGUCAUGGGCACCUUCGUGCUCUGGUGGGGGUGGCUUGCGUUCAACUCUGGAAGUACUUAUGGGGUUAGCGGAGCAAAAUGGCAGUACGCGGCUCGAGCAGCUGUCAUGACGAUGAUGGGAUCCUUCGGAGGAGGCUGCUUUGGACUGCUCUUUACUUUAAUUAAGAACAAAGGCAAGGCAGAAGUUAUGGAACUCAUCAACAGCGUUCUUGGUUCACUCGUGUCUAUUACCGCGGGCUGUUUCCUCUACCGCGCAUGGGAGUCACUACUGAUUGGGUUCAUCGGUGCCGCCAUAGCUUCCGGCACAUCGCCACUGUUCGAUAUGAUGGGGGUGGAUGACCCAGUGGGGGCGAGCGCUGUGCAUGGGGCGUGUGGACUAUGGGGCGUUAUAGCGGUAGGACUAUUUGCAGACAACCCGAUACCCAUGGAGACUACUAACGGCAGAUCAGGACUUUUCAAAGGUGGCGGCUGGUACCUCCUCGGUGUACAAACCCUGACAGGCGUCUGCCUCAUGACAUGGGGCAUCCUGGUCACCAUCUCACUGCUCUGGUUCAUCGACAAGAUCAUGCCCAUUCGAAUGGACCCCUACACUGAACUCAUGGGUGCUGAUAUCACUGAACAUAGGAUCAGGCAUGGACAGGUGGGCAUAUCCCGCGCUGUAUCAGCAUUACGUCCCUACCACCGGUCUAACAGCAUAGAACGCAUGCCGACAGUCGGCAUGAAUACCGGCCACGGUUACAUUGUGGACAAACUCAACGAGGCUAGUACUUAUUUGUGAUGUGCCAAGAAAAAGAAAGCAAUAUACCCCAUGUUCACCAACAAAGCAUUUAUAAACGACCACGAACCUUCAACUACAUACUCGAACCAGGGAUUUUUACACAAAAGACCUGGCAACACCGACAAUAAUCCCCACAAAACUCUAGACUCUAUGGUCCACGACAUUAAUGAUGCCACACUAAAAAAUAAAGAAGUUAGUAAUGUUAUGAUUCCGGAAGGUAUUAAAGGGAAAAGGUAUAAAGAUUUAAGCGCUAAGCAAUUGGAAGAAUUAGGGAGAAUUAGUGCGAAUCAAGAUAGAUUUAGAUACAGGUUUCAUGAAGAUGACUAUAAGAGAGAUGUUGAAAGGGCUACUAGUUCUAAUAUUAGAUGGUUAGAUUAAAAUGGAAGGUUUUCUUUUUGAGAAUUAAAAAAAAAUAGUUCCCCAAGAAAAUGACAGAUGGCGUUGCACCAAACCCUUUGAGCCGAGACCCAAGAAAUUCAGAUUUCUGGACAAAUUGUUUUCAAAAUAUCUCGCUGAACUUGGGUUUUAGGCGUUUUAUCUCACGAAAGCGGUUAAGCCUUACUUGUGUGUGUAAAUGUACAUGCACAUUGUCUUUGUGUGACUCGACCACUACUGAGCGUUCAACACAGCACUUUUUGAAAGUUUUGAAAUUUACAAAAGACAGCCCCUAAAACGUCCAGCCUUCACCGCUACAUACAAAGACAAUGUGCAUGUACAUUUUCACACACAAAUGUAGCUCACCCGCUUUUGUGAGACAAAACAUACCUUCUUUCUGUAGUCGAAAAAAAAAAACAGAUUUAAUAAAGCACUUAUAGUACACACAGUCGCACUGAUGGACUGGAAUAAAGUAGUCUAGAGGCAUUUUAAGCACAGCAAAUGUGUGAAUGAUUUUUGUGUGACUUACGGUCGUUCCCAAAAUCUAAAGUAUUAAUUCAAACUUGGCUGCAAAACAGCACCUGGUAACGUCAAAAAUUUACAAAAGACAGCUCCUAAAACGCCCGCCCUUCACCACUUCCUAUGUGCUUUUGCUGGGAAGAAGUGGCGCAACAAACUCCCCAGCAACACGUCUGUCUGUAGGUUGGAAGAACCUUUCAAUAAUGUUUUAUAUAAAAAUUGGUAUGCAAUGUAAUGUCUGUUGUUUUGCUUUAGAGUUUUGAGCGCUAUUCUAGUUAUGUCAAAUUCCUAUCUGUAGUAAUGGGAAUACUUAGAUAGAAUAUUGUGAACGGCCGUUAUAAAAUAUGUUGACAUUUUAUAGUUAAAGGGUACGAGAAAAAGACACAAAUGUUUGUAAAUUAAUAAGUAUUUUUAAGUAAAUGUAAAUUAAUGUUUUUUGAAGUAUUAUUUGUUAAUAAGCUGUUUGAUAUUGAUAAUAGAAUUUAAGACACACUAUUUUUGUGAAAAUAAAAAAGCAUUUUAAAUAAA